AGCGUUUCUAGCACCGCUGCCCGGCCACGGCUUCAUCACUUCAGCCGCGGAGGCCUUGAAACCAUGGGCCGCACUCGUGGACGUGCUGCCAACAGCAAGGAGAAGUGUGAGGACGGUGCUGAGGUGGUCAGAGAGGUGCCUACCCCCUUGCGCCACGGACACGUAAGGGCCACCGCCAACAUAUUGGAGGAGGUGAUGCGACGAAAAGGUGUUGAUGAGGCCUGGGAUGCCCUGGAGCAGAUGCAUGCUGAAGGGCAGACUACAGACAAGUACACUGUUUCGAGGAUGUUGAUGAAGACGGUGGGUGAUGGACACCUCGAUCCCAGCAGGGCAUACCGGGGAAUCGCUCUGGUGGAGCGAUUCAUAGAGAUGCAGCCGGAGGAUGUGGAUGAGGUCUUAUUCAACGCCCUAUUGGACACAUGCUGCCGGCUGAAGGACCUUAAACGCCUGGAGUCAUGUGUCAAUUGGAUGCGCCACUUGAAGGUGAAACCAUCGCCCAUCACCCUGGGAAUCUUGGUGAAGACUUAUGGACAAGCAGGAGACUUGGACAAAGUCUUGGCCGCGUGGGAUGAGAUGGAGGAGCAGCGAGGGCUAGCCAACUCGGUGACCUAUGGCUGCAUGCUGGACGCUUGCGUCAAGUGCGGCAACCUUCAGAAGGCGGUGGAGGUCUUCAAGGGAAUGCGCGAGACGGGCAAGCAUCGCAACACCAUUUUGUAUACCACUAUGAUCAAAGGCUUUGGGAUCCACAAAGAUCUUGAGAACGCCUUGGAACUAUUCCAUGAAAUGCCCGAUGAAGGAGUGCCAUACAAUACCAUCACCUACAACUCCAUCCUUGAAGCAUGUGUCAAGUGCGGUGAUGUUACCUCUGCAGAGGAGAUUCUGGACCAAAUGGUUCAGACUGAGUACGAUAUUGAACCAGACCUGAUCAGCUACUCAACGGUGCUGAAGGGCUACUGCCAGAAUGGAGACCUCCUCAAGGCGCUAUGCAUGUUCCAGGAGAUGAAAGAGCAUUCGCUCCGCUGUGAUGAGUUAGUUUACAACACCUUGAUGGAAGGCUGUGUAAAGGCUGAUGAUUGGAAAGCAGGCUGCGGGCUUUUUGCGGAAAUGGUGAACAAGGGACUGAAACCGUCCGCUAUCACUGCAAGCAUCCUUUCAAGGCUGUUUCAGCGGGUGGGCCAUGACGACGCUGAUGAGAAGGUGGCAGACCUCUUCAUGGUGUUCGGCCUGGAGCGCCCCCAGCCAGCAGAGCGUCGUGCCCGGCGCGUGGGCCAUGGCCAUGCGGGACCGAGCCGCCCACCACCAUCGCCAGGGGUCGUAGGGGUGGAUACUUUGUCACCUCAUGAAUCGACUCCAGCCGUCGCUCGGAGCAGAGCACCAGCCUUUGCUCCUUCUCCAACGCUCAGCUCGCCAGCUGGUCGAACGCCACUCUCCCGCGCCCUGAUGGCGUCGCUCGGUGUGCAUGAAGAGCAGGUGGCUCCCCUGCCCACUGGCCGAGUGGUGCCUGCGCUCCCCGGACAUGGUGACAGCUUCCAUGACCAGGCCAGCACUUCCUCACGCCACAGUAGGGUGCCAUCUUUGGCCUCCCUGCUUCCACCGCUGGAGUUUCCAGAGGUGCCAUCCCGGCGACCGUUGGCAUCACCUGCGACGACAUUUGACGGCGGAUCGGAGGUGCCGACUCCACAGCCACCCUUGAGCUCCCCAGGAGUCCGACACCAUCCACCGCAGCAACCAUCGUUGGCCUCUUUGCUGCACGAUGACGACCAGGGGCGCCGACAACAUCUUCCGCCCUUGGCCUCCUUGCUUGGGCCCUUGGAUGGGGCACCAGAGGCCCAAGGGGCACAUACCAUCGCAAGCCCAGCCACGCGACCGUACCAAUCGAAUGUGGUGAUGCAGCCCAUCGAGCCCCGAGAGGCGAUGCCCACCCCGCGGCGGUCCGCCAUUGCACCGCCGGAGGGCUUUGGAGCCUUUGAGGCCGAACCGCUGCCACUAUCUCCUGCCACGAUGUUGCUGUCUGGUGAUGCAGAGGUUCCUACCUCUCAAUCCUACAGCAACGCGGAGGAGUCCACACGCUCAUAUUCAGCAUCGGACCCCUUCCAGUCAUUCUUCUCACAGGACAUGUGGAGCUACUUUUCUGAUGGCCCUGCACGAGGGGUGCCCAAGAGCUUGUUGCCAUCAAUGUGGCAGCACGCGUAAUUUUUCUACAUGCUUGACAGGCUGUGUCCCAAGUCUUUGUUGCCCUGUAUUUUCUCAGGCUGGUGAAUUAUGCAACGGCGUGAAAGGCGCUGACUGUGUGUAGGCAGGAACAAACUGCAACAGCCAGCCAGCACUCUGUCUCUCAUUCACUUUCAAAGCAGACGGAGGAGAUGACAACAGGGAGGUGCUGUAAGGCCUCUUUUAAAACCUGCCUCUUUUGGAUCUCGGUUUUCUCCUUCUAUUUUGAGGCCUGUGAGGCUCUGUGAGGCUUGGGAUUGUCGGUUUGCGAUUGGCCAGGCACGGCUCUGAGAUUUAGACAGCUUACAAGCUGAGGAGUUUUUUGGCGCAGAGGGAAGGCCAUGUCUU